AGAAAAGAGGAAGGAGCAGUAUAUAAAGGACGUUGUGAGAGCCCCAAACUUGCAUGCAGAGGCUCCCCCUGCCAUCGACAUUUGCAGUAAUAAAUAAAAGAGCAUCCAGCAACUGAGGCCGCCACCCACAGCCUUCAUUACGAUAUUAGAGCCAGUGCAGCCAAUCCUCACUCAAUGGCCACACCUCCGACUGCGUCCAUUGGAGUGCUGCUUUUGCUCCUCGCCAUUAGCCCGGCCGUCCACUCUUGCCCCCCUUCUGACCGGGCGGCCCUCCUCGCCUUCAAGGCCGCUCUCCGCGAGCCCUACUUGGGCAUCUUCGAUUCCUGGACCGGCACCGACUGCUGCCGCAACUGGUACGGCGUCAGCUGCGACCAGCACUCCCGCCGCGUAGCCGAUAUCAAUCUCCGCGGCGAAUCGGAGGACCCCCUCUUUCAAAAAGCCCGCCGCACCGGCUACAUGACCGGAUACAUCUCCCCCGCAAUCUGCAAGCUCACCCGACUCUCCAGCAUCACGGUCGCCGACUGGAAGGGCAUCUCGGGCGAAAUCCCCCGAUGCAUCACCUCCCUGCCCUUCCUCCGAAUCGUCGACCUCGUCGGGAACCGAAUCUCCGGUGCCAUCCCCGGCGACAUCGGCAGGCUCCGCAGCCUGACCGUCCUGAACGUGGCGGACAAUCAAAUAUGGGGGGAAAUACCGGCGUCACUGGCGGACCUGAGCGGCCUGACGCACCUGGAUCUGAGGAACAACAGAAUAACGGGGCCGCUGCCGAGAAGCAUGGGGAGGAUGAGGAUGCUGAGCAGGGCGUUGGUGAGCGGGAACCAGCUGAGCGGCACGAUUCCCACUUCCAUCUGCCAAAUAUAUCGGCUGGCGGAUGCGGAUUUAUCGCGGAACAAGAUAACGGGGCCCAUCCCGGAGUGCGUGGGCAGAAUGGGAGUUCUGUCGACGCUGAAUCUGGACGGGAACAGAUUGUGGGGCAGAAUCCCAGAGAGCCUGUUCACUUCGGGGAUAAGCGAUCUGAACCUGAGCAGGAACGGGCUGUCGGGCACAAUACCGAAUGCGUUCGGGGCAAGAUCCUACUUCACGGUGCUGGACCUGUCGUAUAACAAUCUGAAGGGCGGCAUCCCGGAGUCGGUGUCGAGGGCGGGCUACAUAGGGCACUUGGAUUUGAGUCACAACCAUUUGUGCGGCAGGAUCCCCAGCGGGGCCCCCUUUGACCAUCUGGAAGCGUCCUCCUUCGUCUCCAACGAUUGCCUCUGCGGCAAACCUCUCAAACGUUGCUACUAGCUAGCUACUCUUCUUGUUUUCGUUUGUCGUCAAUACUUACUGUGUUUCUUUUUGCAUGUAAUUUAGAAGCCCCCUCUCCUCUGUCCCAUCCUCCCUACGUACCUACGUAAUUAAUUAAUUAUUAUA